AUGGUGUCCGUAACUAUAAACAUCGAACGAGACCGAAAGUCUGGCAAACUUCCUAUCCAAGCAAAUCAUCCAGUGAAAGUCGCUGUUUGGAUAAAAUACGGGAAGACAGCGGCUCUGGUGCUUAAAAAAACGAAUGAUCCCACGAAUGAUUUAAGAAAGCAUAUAGACCAGUGGCAUGAUUUCGUGGUCGAAUUCACGCCAAAAGGGCAUGAAACGAAUACGGAACAGCGCUACUUUAGAUGGGAAGUGGACAGGAUCUUGCCAUGGUUCCGAGGUGAAAUUACGAAAAUUGCCAAAGACGCAUAUCUUUCUAAUCACAAAUACCUGGAAAAAAUCGUGGGUGGUGCCAAUCAAUACGUGGCACAAGAAGCUAACUGGUAUGUCAUACAGAAUCAUAUCAUCAAGGAGACUGCACUGGUUCAUAAGUUGGUCAAAUUCGACCAUGACAAAGAUUUGGGGAUACAGGAGUGGAUGAGAUUGCUCCUAAAAGAUGUGGAAGAGACGAUGGUAAAAGUUGAGGAACUCGGGGGUAGACCGGCCAUAAGAGCAUACACAGAUGUGCCUGCGGGCAAUACCGUGAAGCCUAGUUGGAAAUCGGUUCUAUGCGCAAUACCCAUAUUCGAAACCGAUGGAAAAGCACGACCAGUCUGUCUAAAGGUUGGACAGAGCUUGCCUAUAACCAUUACUGUCAACUUCGAUAGAGCCCAUCCGAAAGGCCCAGUUCCUAGGAUUUGCGUAUAUCUUGUCCAAACCCAAAAAGGUGAAACUAGCCCUGACAGAAAGCCUAAAACAGACAAGACUAUGUGCAAAUACAGCCUGGGAGAGAAUCCUAUUUGGUUCAGUGAUGAAACCAGGCGGAUUGGCCUCAUCAUGCUCGAUGAUACAGAGGUGGUCAAACUGACUGAGCAAGAUAGCAAACUGAAAACCGGUCGUUAUUACUUGUUCAUAGGAAUGAAGAGUCUAGCCUGGGAAAAGGAGCUCACCCGGAUCUCAGAGACCUUUACUAUGGAUGCCUCUCCAGAUAGUGGCGAAAGUGAAUCAUCGACAUAG